CUAUGUAUUUUAUCUGUACAUUUGCUCAAACGUUCGCCAAACGCUUCCAUAAAAAUAUUUUUUUUUGGUAAAGCAAACGGGCAAGUAUUUUGAUAUCGCGUAACAUGACAGCUAUUUGUAAUUAAUUGCGAUAGGUGUUAAAAACAACCCAAUAAAAUGAGUAAGCAUAUGUAUUCCACCGCUAACUUGACCGAUAAAGAAUUGAAAGAACAAGGAAACAGGUUGUUUAGUUUGAGAAGAUUCGAAGAUGCUAUGAACUGUUACACGAAGGCUAUCAUAAAAAAUCCAUCUGUAGCCACAUACUUUACAAAUAGAGCGUUAUGUCACCUCAAGAUGAAGAGAUGGGAAGCUACUUGUCAGGAUUGCCGAAGAGCCCUGGAUAUAGACAACAACCAGGUGAAAGGUCAUUUCUUUCUUGGCCAGGCCUUGGUUGAGUUGGACUGCUAUGAUGAAGCUAUCAAACACUUACAUAGAGCCAAUGAUCUAGCAAGAGAUCAAAAGCUGAAUUUCGGCGAUGACAUAGCAGCUCAGAUAAGAAUUGCAAGGAAGAAGAGAUGGAAUGUACAGGAGGAGAAGAGAAUAUCACAGGAGAUUGAACUGCAGACUUAUUUAAAUAGGCUUAUAAAUGAGGACAUGCAACGUAGAGUAGAAUCAAUUAAAAUAGAAAACAUAAAUGAAGAAGAAACCAAUAGCAAAAUAGCUAAAGUGGAAGAAGAAUGCAACAACUAUAGCAGUGAACUUAACAAUCUAUUUUCAAAAAUGGAUGAACGGAGGAGGAAACGCGAUGUACCAGACUAUCUAUGCGGCAAAAUAAGCUUCGAGAUUCUGAACGAGCCUGUCAUCACGCCUAGCGGGAUAACCUAUGAGAAGAAAGACAUUGAGGAGCAUCUCGAGCGCGUCGGCCAUUUCGAUCCUGUGACACGUGUGAAGUUAACAGCGGAUCAGCUCAUACCUAACUUCACUAUGAAGGAGGUUGUGGACGCCUUCCUCCAGGACAACGAGUGGGCGCUCGAUUAUUAAUCGAUUUGAUAUCGAUUUUACCGCCAUAGUGAUUACGUCACUAGCCAUAACCGACAUAUCUAUACAAUCACACCUAUUUAUGAAGGUCGGUUUGAUUAUUAAAAAGUAAAAAGUCACCUGUUUUUGUUUUAAUUGUUGAAUAUAAAAACUAUUUUAUUAACCGUAGAUUCAAUAUUGACUCGAUUCAUUAACGUAUUGGAUAGGAGGGUAGAAACAUUUUUUUUAAUGUUCCUAAUUUAGAGUGACCUGUGACGUAAUUGCCAUGACGUGUGACGUCACAACAUUUAACACGUAGUCUAAGUUUUUCAUAUAUAAACCAUUAAUUAAACAAUUAGAUAUUUUGUACGCGUCAUUCAAUAUUUAAUGAUAACACUUUAAUAUUCAAAAAAAAACUGUUUUUUCAUUUUACUUGCAAUGAGUAUUUCAACACAGCUUAGAUUUUUUCAAUGAAGGUAAUUUAAUUUUAUUUCAUACUAAGAAAACUAUGUACUUCUUAUUGAGGCUACAUUGUUUUAAUUCUUCAGGAUAAAUUUAUCAAAUAAUUUUUGUAUCUGUGAAGUGUGACAGAUAUUUUUUUUUUAAUAGAAGAUUUUUAUUUUAAAAUAAUUUUUAAAUGUAAAUAUUGGCUAAUUUUACUUUGUAUCCGAUGUCAUUUUAUGUAACUUAAGUUUUAUUUUAAGGUUAGGCGUUUAUGUUAAGAAUUGAUGAACUUUAUUUAACAUCUGCUUCCAUUUCGUUAUCAGAUAACAAUUAAUAUUAAGAAAAAUACUUAGAACUCGAGAUCGCUUCAGUCGUUUUAAAAAAUAUUUUAGUUCCAUCACUUGCUUAUUUAUUGUUCAGACAUGGUAACACUGGAAGACAAUUGUUUUAUAAGACUAUAAUAAACUCGGAAGAAUUAGAUGAA